AUAUCAUAUUUACUCUGCUUCCUCCCUGUUUCUCCACACCACACCACACCGACAUGCUUCUCAAAUUCAAGACUCCUUCCAGUGAUACUGAGAAGAAGAGACGAGAUGAUGUCGGCUUGAGAAUCUUAACACAAAUCUCCCACGGAAAACCCAUUAACGUCGUCAUUAAAUCUGCAUUAAAGAAAGUUAACCCACCGCCCGCCGCCGCCGCAGCAGCCACCCCUGAAUCUUGCUUUCUCAAAUCAUGUCAUCUAUGUAACAAGAAGUUAAGCCUGGACAAAGAAGUCUACAUGUACAGGGGUGAUCAGGGGUUUUGCAGCAUAGGGUGCAGGGACAGGCAAAUUGUAAUGGACGAAAUGAGAAAACUUGAAGCAUCUACUAAGCAAAUGGUACAAUCUCGCAGGCGUUGCAGUGCGACGGAUCGACAGGAGACACGCCGCCUCCUGGAGGAGCUCCGUCACCAGCAUAAACCCCCUCCAAACCAAAACAAAAUGCACUGGACAAUAGUCUGAUAAUAUUGUUCGUUCAUAUACAGUUGAUAAACUGACAAUUUUGGUUUUAAUUAAACGAACGGACUUCCUCAAGACCCUGAAAGAAAUUAAAUGUAUCUUCUUGAUAUUCAGGAUUUAUGUUCUGUUUCUUUGUCUUUGUUAAGUUAUGAGAAAGAAAAGGAGAGAGAUGCCGACGUACGAUUAAAUAAGUUAAAAGAUGAAAGGGAGUUGUAUUUUAUUGUGUAAUUUACCAUCUGUUGAUCUGAGUGA